UACUACUUGGAGACGGCCCGAGCGCGUCGCUGACUGCGCGGUGCGCCGGUGUGUGUGUGUUCACCCCUCUUCUUCUCAUCUCUAUUUUUCUCCCGUGCAGCUCUCUACUCCCCUUCCCCUCUCUCUUGUGGCCUUGCGGCGACGCCCUUCGACGCGUCUUCGCCGGGCUCGUCGCCGACGACGAACACCCACCAGGAUACGGAUGGAUCAGGAGGUGAAGGACUCAAGGCCCUCUAGGUCUCCCAGCGAGCCAAACCUCUUCCUGCAAUGGGGGAGCCGCAAGCGGCUGCGCUGUGUCAAGACGCGUGAUGACGGCUCACCAUCACCCUCGCCAUCUGAAGUUCUUAGGCGUGCUGUACCCCGUUCGAGUCGGCCUCUUCUCGGAGCUGACAUCGCACCAUUCCGUUCGCCACGCCGCCCAGGCACCCUUCAACGCAGGAAAUCGGAUUCACAAGCGAACGAGUACAAGCAGUCAAUGGCACUCUCCCCGGAGAAGGACCGGUAUUACUCCACUAGGGGUUCACCAUUCCCUUUUGAGGGGAAUGGGUUUGAUUUUGGUGGUUUAACAGAGGAGAAGGGAACCACUGCGAUGCCAAGGUUCUUCAUUGCAUUGUCUAACAAGGAGAAGGAGGAGGAUUUCAUGGCAAUGAAGGGCUGCAAGCUCCCACAGAGACCAAAGAAAAGACCCAAGCUAAUGCAAAAGUGCUUGCUUGUAAUGCUCGAGCUCAAAAACUUAAUUGAACUUCUUGUUCUCUAUGAUGUCAUGAUCAUUUUUUUUACACUGUUGUCUUUUCUUUUUUUUUGUACAAUCACAGAUGGUGAGCCCAGGAGCUUGGUUGUCAGAUCUGUCACAUGAGAGAUAUGAAGUUCGAGAGAAGAAGAGUUCAAAAAAGAGGGCUAGAGGCUUGAAGGCUCUGAGCAUGGAGAGCGAUUCAGAGUGAAGGUGGAGGAGGUUAUGAUUUUUUGGACAUUGACUUUAGCUGGAGGAAGAAAUUUCUAGUUAGGUGGCAAUGCUGGUUCUUCAAUUAGACAAACCUCAGAGGGGUUGUCAAUGGCUGUUCUGCUCUAUCUGGCUACCUGUUCUCCUGCCUCCCCUGUUGUACCUCCAUCCUCUUUUGGUCGAAGAAAUUAUCAAAAAGAGCUAUGCACUUUAACAGAAAAGACUAUAUUAGCCCAGCUUCUGAUACAUGAUGCAACAAGAGAAUGGGCGUUGUCUGGAAA